GAGCCGGGUGGCGGGGAGGCUGGAGGGAAGGUUGGAAACAGGCUUGAAGAGGGGUGGGCUCCCCGCAUCGGAAUCCUGAUUAUGAGGCGCUCGGGUUUGAUAGAUCUAAGUUCUUGGGGGUAGAAACCGCAGCCAGUACUUGGCCAGCCCCUGAGAUGAGAACCGAGGAUUGUUGACCGUUUUGGUUGUUGUUUUUUUUUUUCCUGGCAAGAGUUUUAGGAACUUUGUUCUUUCACGUAUUUGUGAGGAAAAGGCAGAACGCCCCCUUGUUAACAUAUCCCCAACUCUGCAGGAAGAGCCUGAGUUUCCACCCUACGUGGUAAAACACUUGGGGCUCAGAAGUCUUUAGCUCGCCCACCUGUAGGCAGCGGCAAUGAGGCUGAAUCAGAACACCGUGCUGCUGGGCAAGAAGGUGGCCCUAGUACCCUACACCUCCGAGCAUGUGCCUAGGUACCACGAGUGGAUGAAGUCAGAGGAACUUCGGCACCUGACGGCCUCAGAGCUGCUGACCCUAGAGCAGGAGUACGAGAUGCAGUGCAGCUGGCGUGAAGACGAAGACAAGUGCACCUUCAUUGUGCUGGACGCAGCAAAGUGGCAGGCCCAGCCUCGGCCUCCCGAAGAGAGCUGCAUGGUGGGAGAUGUGAACCUCUUCCUCACAGAUCUGGAGGACCCCACCUUGGGGGAGAUCGAGGUCAUGAUUGCAGAGCCCAGCUGUAGAGGCAAGGGCCUUGGCACCGAGGCGUCUCUCCUGAUGAUGUCCUAUGGAGUAACAAAGCUCGGUCUGACCAAGUUUGAGGCCAAAAUUGGGCAAGAAAAUGAGCCUAGCAUCCGGAUGUUCCAGAAACUUCAUUUUAAGCAGGUGGCUGUUAGCAACGUCUUCCAGGAGGUGACGCUCAGACUGGCAGUGAGUGAGGCAGAGCGGCAGUGGCUUCUGGAGCAGACCAGCCACGUGGAGGAGAAGCCCUAUAGAGCUGGCUUGGCAGAGCCUGUGACAGCCACCCUGUGUGAGCAGAAUUGGAACUACCCACUCCCCAGGCCAGACAACUGCAUCGGGGAUAAAUGUGCAGUGUCUUCAGGCUGAUCCAGGCCCUCCUAAGCCUGCCUUGGCUCCUUCCUGUUCCCAGCCACAAGCGGACCGUGGCUGCACGGAACAGAUAGACUACUGGAGUCCACCGAGGCUAUGGUGGAAGUGGGAGCUGGAAGUCGGAAAGCCUGCCUUUCCUGGGAUCCCGGUGGAGUAAAACACGCGUUUGGGCA